ACGUUUUCCGGUCCCCUUCUUUGUUAUAUCCGCCCGUGACAAAAUAGUAUAUCAUUUUGGAGUCCCAAUUCGUCGCGAUUUGACCUCAUCUUCGAUCAUUAUUUUCAAUCUUCUACUUCAAACGCUGACAUAAUGCCACCCAUAUUGGAUUCUAGAAAGCCAUUGAGGGGAAAUAUUGCUGAUUAUGUGACGGAACAACUACCCUAUGUACCGUCUUUGAUAAUUGCAUGUGUAAAGGAGAUAGAAUCACGUAGUCGCGAGAGGAUGACCUUGUACAGACAUCACGGCGAUCUCACAAUAGCCAGAGGUUUCCUAAAAAAUUAUCUCCAUUCCAAAAAAGUACCGAACUUGAGAAGCGUCGAUGUACAAACGAUUGGAUCCAUUCUGAAAUUGUUUUUGGCUUCAUUGAGUGAACCACUCAUCACGGAUAAACUUCGGGAUAAAUUCGUUGACGCAGCUCUUAUAGCCAAUGAAACAGAGAGGGAUGCAGCACUUAGCAAAGCGUUAAUUUUCCUUCCGUAUCCAAAUCUUCAUACUCUCAGUUAUCUUAUCCAUCAUUUACGGUUCAUUAGCAAACUCUCGAGAACAAACAACUACGCCCGUCUCGCCGUCGUUUUUGGGCCCAUAGUGGUCGGUGGAAGCUCUCGAUAUCUCACUCCACAUUUAUUCAUAAUUGAACGAGAAGAUCAAGAUCAGGUUAUCGAAAGUUUGUUGGAAAUUGAUGAUUAUUAUAACGACUUUCUUCCUUACAGUUCUCAGAACUCAUGAAUGCAGCAGUAGCUGGUGAAGGGAUAUGACACCAUCGUAGUCUUCUCCGACAAGAAGAAAAUUUGAUCUAAAUAAAGAUAAAAAAAAACUAAUAUUCAUUGUUAAUUCUGAAUAAUAUUUCAACGAUAAUCCAAUUUUUUCGGCAUAUCAUUCUGAGAUUUAAUAUUUAUUUAGCGUCCUCACUUCGGUGUCGACUAUUCAUGUUGAAUAAGGACAUGAUAUUUUAUCGCCAACAUUUUUUGUAAUUUCGCUCCGCCUCUAUGAAAAAUGUGCUGCAGUUCGUGAUAUUGAGAGUGAAAUAAUUUUUAAGUGUAUGAAAUGUCUCAGAAAAGAUUUAUCUCCCAUUUUUGUAAUGUCAAAUGAUUUUCAAAUAAACAAUGCGCACUACCAUAAA